CCCGGCGCGGCGCGGCCGCAGCAGCCUCCGCCCCCGGCACGGUGUGCACGCCCGCGGUCAGGGCGGCCCGAGCCCGGCGCGAGUCCCGAGCUGGACCCGAGCGAGCCCCGGCGGCUGCCGCCUCCCAGACCGGACGACAGGCGAUCUCCGCGUCCACCCGAGUCCCGCCUCGCCGCCGCGGCCGUCCCCGCGCACGGCCGCCCGACUCGGUCCCGCCUGAUUGCGGAGACCCCGAGCCGGCGCUUGGGGGCAACGAUGCGACCCUCCGGGACGGCGGGAGCCGCGCUCCUGGUGCUGCUGGCCGCGCACUUCCCGGCGAGUCCGGCGCUGGAGGAGAAGAAAGUUUGCCAAGGCACCAGUAACCGGCUCACCCAGCUGGGCACUUUUGAAGACCACUUUCUGAGCCUUCAGAGGAUGUUCAAUAACUGUGAGGUGGUCCUUGGGAAUCUGGAAAUUACCUACAUGCAAAAGAAUUAUGACCUUUCCUUCUUAAAGACCAUCCAGGAAGUUGCCGGCUAUGUCCUCAUCGCCCUGAACACCGUGGAGAAGAUUCCCUUGGAAAACCUGCAGAUCAUCCGAGGAAACGUGCUCUAUGAAAACACGCACGCCUUGUCCGUCUUAUCCAACUACGGCGCGAACAAAACCGGGCUGCAGGAGCUCCCCCUGAGAAACUUACACGAAAUCCUCCAAGGUGCCGUGCGCUUCAGCAACAACCCUGUCCUCUGCAACGUGGACAGCAUCAAGUGGCAGGACAUUGUGGACGACAGUUUUGUAAGCAACAUGUCGAUGGACUUCCAGAACCAUGCGGGCAAUUGCCAAAAGUGUGAUCCGAGCUGUCCCAAUGGAAGUUGUUGGGGUCCGGGAAAGGAGAAUUGCCAGAAAUUGACCAAAAUCAUCUGCGCCCAGCAGUGUUCAGGGCGCUGCCGCGGCAGGUCCCCCAGCGACUGCUGUCACAACCAGUGUGCCGCCGGCUGCACGGGGCCCCGCGAGAGCGACUGUCUGGUGUGCCGCAAGUUCCGCGACGAAACCACAUGCAAGGACACCUGCCCGCCGCUCAUGCUCUACAACCCGACCACCUACCAGAUGGACGUCAACCCAGAGGGAAAAUACAGCUUUGGUGCCACCUGCGUGAAGAAGUGCCCCCGUAACUACGUGGUGACCGACCAUGGCUCGUGUGUCCGUGCCUGCAGCUCUGACAGCUACGAGGUAGAGGAAGAUGGAGUCCGCAAGUGUAAGAAGUGUGAGGGGCCUUGCCGCAAAGUGUGUAAUGGAAUAGGCAUUGGCGAAUUUAAAGACACACUUUCCAUAAAUGCUACAAAUAUUAAACACUUCAAAAAUUGCACAUCAAUCAGCGGAGAUCUUCAUAUCCUGCCUGUAGCGUUUAGAGGUGACUCCUUCACGCGUACUCUGCCUCUCGAUCCAAAGGAACUGGACAUUCUUAAAACCGUAAAGGAAAUAACAGGGUUUCUGCUGAUUCAGGCCUGGCCCGAAAACAGGACUGACCUCCAUGCUUUUGAGAACCUAGAAAUCAUACGUGGAAGAACAAAGCAACAUGGUCAGUUUUCUCUUGCGGUCGUCGGCCUGGACAUAACGUCCUUGGGCUUACGCUCCCUCAAGGAGAUAAGUGAUGGGGAUGUGAUCAUCUCGGGAAACAAAAAAUUGUGCUAUGCGAAUACAAUAAACUGGAAAAAACUAUUUGGGACUUCAAGUCAAAAAACCAAAAUUAUAAACAACAAAGAUGAAAAAGGCUGCAAGGCCAUGGGCCACGUCUGCCAUCCUUUGUGCUCAUCAGAGGGCUGCUGGGGCCCAGAGCCGAAAGACUGUGUGUCCUGCCGAAACGUCAGCCGGGGCAAGGAAUGUGUGGAGAAGUGCAAUGUUCUGGAGGGGGAGCCAAGGGAGUUUGUGGAGAACUCCGAGUGCAUACAGUGCCACCCAGAAUGCCUGCCCCAGCCCAUGAAUGUAACCUGCACUGGACGGGGACCGGACAGCUGCGUCAAGUGUGCGCACUACAUCGACGGCCCACACUGCGUCAAGACCUGUCCGGCUGGCAUCAUGGGAGAGAACAACACCCUGGUCUGGAAGUUUGCAGACGCCAAUCGCGUGUGCCACCUGUGUCAUUCCAACUGUACCUACGGCUGUGACGGGCCAGGUCUUGAAGGCUGUACGAUAGAAAGGCACAAGAUCCCAUCCAUUGCCAUCGGGAUUGUGGGCGGCCUCUUCUUGGUGGUGAUGGUGGCCCUCGGGGUGGGCCUGUUUUUGCGCCGGCGCCAUAUUGUCCGGAAGCGUACCCUUCGUAGACUUCUGCAAGAAAGAGAGCUUGUUGAGCCUCUUACGCCCAGCGGAGAAGCUCCCAACCAAGCUCUCUUGAGGAUCUUAAAGGAAACAGAAUUCAAAAAGAUCAAGGUGCUGGGCUCUGGAGCAUUUGGCACGGUGUACAAGGGACUCUGGAUCCCAGAAGGUGAGAAAGUUAAAAUUCCCGUGGCCAUCAAGGAAUUAAGAGAAGCCACAUCUCCAAAAGCCAACAAGGAAAUUCUUGAUGAAGCCUACGUGAUGGCCAGCGUGGACAAUCCUCAUGUCUGCCGCCUCCUGGGCAUCUGCCUCACCUCCACGGUCCAGCUGAUCACACAGCUCAUGCCCUUUGGCUGCCUCCUGGACUAUGUCCGCGAGCACAAGGACAACAUCGGCUCCCAGUACCUGCUCAACUGGUGUGUGCAGAUUGCAAAGGGCAUGAACUACCUAGAGGACCGGCGCUUGGUGCACCGUGACCUGGCAGCCAGAAAUGUCCUGGUGAAGACACCACAGCACGUCAAGAUCACAGAUUUUGGGCUGGCCAAGCUGCUUGGUGCCGAGGAGAAAGAAUACCAUGCGGAAGGAGGCAAGGUGCCUAUCAAGUGGAUGGCUUUGGAAUCAAUUUUACACCGAAUUUAUACCCACCAAAGUGAUGUGUGGAGCUACGGCGUCACCGUUUGGGAGUUGAUGACCUUCGGGUCCAAGCCUUACGACGGAAUCCCCGCCAGCGAGAUCUCCACCAUCCUGGAAAAAGGAGAGCGCCUCCCGCAGCCACCCAUAUGCACCAUCGAUGUCUACAUGAUCAUGGUCAAGUGCUGGAUGAUAGAUGCUGACAGUCGUCCCAAAUUCCGUGAACUGAUCAUUGAAUUCUCCAAAAUGGCCCGAGACCCCCAGCGCUACCUUGUCAUCCAGGGAGAUGAGAGAAUGCACUUGCCGAGCCCGACAGACUCCAAUUUUUACCGCGCGCUAAUGGAUGAAGAGGACAUGGAGGACGUGGUGGACGCCGAUGAGUACCUCAUUCCCCAGCAGGGCUUCUUCCACAGCCCCUCCACAUCCCGGACUCCCCUCCUGAGCUCUCUGAGCGCCACCAGCAACAACUCCACCGUGGCUUGCAUUGACAGAAACGGGAGCUGUCCCCUCAAAGAAGACAGCUUCCUGCAGCGGUACAGCUCAGACCCCACUGGCACUUUGACUGAGGACAACAUAGAUGACACUUUUCUCCCAGCACCCGAAUACAUAAACCAGUCCGUCCCCAAGAGGCCGGCAGGUUCCGUGCAGAAUCCUGUCUAUCACAAUCAGCCUCUAAACCCCGCUCCUGGCAGAGACGCUCACUACCAAAACCCCCACAGCAACGCCGUGGACAACCCUGAGUAUCUCAACACCAUCCCUCCCUGCAUCAGCAGCGCACUCGGUGGCCCCGGCCUCUGGGCCCAGAAAGGCAACCCCCAGGUCAGCCUGGACAACCCCGACUACCAGCAGCACUUCUUUCCCAAGGAAGCCAAGUCCAACGGCGUCUUCAAGGGCCCUGCGGCCGAAAACGCGGACUACCUGCGGGUAGCCCCGCCGAGCAGGGAGUUUAUUGGAGCAUGACCACUGACGAUAGCAUUGGCCAUAAGAGUCUCGGAUGUGUCACCCGCCCUGGGACCAAGCCACAGCAUCAACUCCAGUGCUGACAGUCCCGCCCUCGUUGACUCCUGGGCCCGUGGACCGGUUUGGCCAUAUUUGCUCCUAAGGACCCAUCUUUCACCCAGGAAGUGCCCCCUCCUCGGAUGCACUUUGGGAAGUUGCUGGGAAGUUCCUUUGUCUUCAAACUGUGAGACCGCCACUAAAAGGCAUCCGGCAGGAAUAUUCUCUUUGGGCAGAAGUUCGCCUUUCAGUGAGGUAUAUUUGAUUAAAAAAAAAAAAAAGAAAGAAAAAGAAAAGAAAAAAAAUCUGCAUAAGGAGUUUUAUUGCUUGGGGGCCCUGGGGGUUUUUAAUUGUCAUUAUUGAUUUUAUUUCUCCUGGGCGUUUCCAACGAGGAAGGAGCUUCUUGCUCAUAGUACUGGCUGCACUGAGUUGAUCCAGGCCCAACUGUGACCAAGAAGCAAGGGUCAGAGCCUUCCAGCUAACACUGAUUCCACUGACUCUAGCUCCAAGAUUCUUCCACUGCAAGACAAUUUUUUUAAAAAACUAGGAAGUACUCUGUGUCGUAAGCGAGACUGGUUGAUACUGUAGCAAAUCAUAGCACGUUCAAGAGGAUAAGCCACUUUGAACCCUUCCCGAAUGCAAAAGAAACGGAAGGGGUAGAAUUCUUCUUCGGACUUCUUUUUAUAUAAAUGUCUUCAUGGUACUUACUCUCCCUUGGUUGACCAGCGUUUUCUAGCUAUAAGUAUUGGACUUACUUGUUUCUUUUCCAUUCCACUGUUUGGAAGCUCGGUAGGAGUUCCCUGUUGGUGAGAGGAGACGGUACAUCACACUAGAACCUGGACCAGCUCACGUUUGAUCAGUGUUCAAUCCGGUAGCCUUUAAUCAUGUUGGAACGAUAAUGCAAAAGUUCACACGAGAACGUGGCUCCCAAAUUUGAGUCUCAGAGGAAAUACGUCAAGUCCUCUGGGGGUUGGGGAAUGAAUGGGCAUCUGUCCGGACACUGCAGAAAUGAGACGCUCCUUCUCAAACUCAUGGAGCCUCCCACCCCACCACCCCCCCACCACUACCAAAUUAGGCUUAUGGGAGACAAUUUCCUUUUUAUUUUACUAUA